CCUGAUGUGUGCUGCUCUAAUGAGUGGGUGGGAGGGUCAGGCAGUGCGACAAAUAAGGACACGGUUCCUGCACGAGCUUUCAUUCUCACUUUUAUUUGCAAGUGUGCUUUGGACCCACAGCUGCCUAAAAUGCGCUAAUUAGCCAAACAGGAUUUGCUUGUGCUGUGUGUUUACGCUGGAAUAAUAAACUUUCUCAGCAAAUGUUUUCAAGGGGCCCUUUCUCAUGUGCCAAAGACGACAUGAUUCACUAUCUCAGAUGGACUGUUUUCCUGUGGAUCGUAAAUUCCAUUCCUUUUACUUCAGGAAUGACAGUGAAUGAGAGAAUAGAUCAUACAUGUCCGCCCAUGAAGCUGGAAGAGAAAUGGCAUACCAAUGUGAACAUUCACAGAGAAUUCACAGGGUUUGAUUUAGCCGAGAAGUUUCUUCUCAGAAAAGGCACGGUGACGGACAACAGGCUGUUGUUGAGACUGGGGAGUAAACCCUUGUUUAAACCAACAGAAUCUGUGUUCCCAGAUGGCAUUUCUCAUGAGUACUCUAUUACUGCCAUGUUCCGGCUCAGAAAAACCACGAAGAAAGAUCGCUGGUUUGUUCUGCAGAUCUUUGAUAAAGGUGGAGAUACGCAGGUGUCAUUAAUAGUGGAUGGAGCUAAGAAAACAGUAGAGUUUUUGGCUCAGGGUUUUCUAAAAAACAGCCUCCUGUACGUGUUCAAGAACAGAGACCUGCAUGCCCUCUUUGAUCGACAGUUUCACAAGCUGGGUGUGUCGGUCGAGAGCAAUGCUGUCUCUAUCUACCUGGACUGCAAAUUAAUUGAGCGUCAGGUGACCGCCGAAAGGUCUGGCAUGAAUGUGAGCGGACGCACAUUCAUCACCUCUCGAGUGGAGGACGGACGUCCAGUGGAUAUUGAACUUCAGGAGAUUCUGCUCUUCUGUGAUCCUCGAAUAGCCGACCUGGACAGAUGCUGUGAUUCUCCUGGAGUUACGUGUGAACCUGUCGUGACCCACAACCCUACAGCGGCCCCACUGGUCACAGGAUACCUCCACAGAAUGCUGUCUAUGCCAGCCCAGCUGCCCACCGACCGAUGCCACUGUCCCACUCUGAAGGGGGAUCAAGGGCUUCCGGGUUUGGCAGGACAUUCUGGACAAAAUGGAGAUAAAGGAGACAUGGGUUUGAAAGGAGAUCCUGGACCUCAAGGCCUACCUGGUCUAAAAGGUGAUAAAGGAGAACCAGGCCUGCCAGGUGCGGGAACGCUUUCGGUUGAACAGCAAGCUCAAAAAGGGGAUCAGGGUCCCCCAGGAAUUCCUGGAGAAAAGGGAGACGCUGGCUUACCCGGUCAACCAGGAACUCCAGGCAAAGAGGGCAAGAGGGGUCGACGGGGGAAAACAGGAGAUCCAGGGGUUUCAGGACCACCGGGUCCACCUGGAACAUGCGAUGCUGAAGCGGUUAAGGGGAUGAAGGGUGACCCUGGUGUUGCAGGAAAGGAUGGACAGAAAGGCGACAAAGGAGAUCCUGGUUUGCCUGGCCUGGAGGGAACCAGUGGAAUAAAGGGGCAAAAGGGUGAAGAAGGACCCAGAGGACCACCAGGCCCUGUGAUGACAGCACAUGGACUGAGACUUUCUGGAACUGAGGGGGAAGGAGGUGAGAAAGGCCAGAAAGGAGAGAAAGGAGACCAGGGUGAAAAAGGUUCUGAAGGCUCAAAAGGUCUACAGGGCAAUGCAGGAUUGCCUGGACUGACAGGGCCACCAGGUCUUGAGGGAAAGCAGGGUCCACCUGGUCCCAUUGGCCUCCGUGGUCUUCCAGGAGACCUGGGCUCUCCCGGUCAGCCAGGAAUGCCUGGAAAAGAUGGAAUGAAAGGAGAAAAGGGUGAUGCAGGCGGAGCGCCUGGGCCGAUAGGCCCCCCGGGCCUCAAGGGUGAACCUGGUGAGCCGUGCUCAGUCGGACCUUGCAAUGGGGAGGACGUCGUGUCUGGUUUACGGGGGUUGCGGGGCCCUAAGGGUGAGCGAGGUGUACCUGGAGUACCUGGAGAUGCUGGAGAGAAAGGAGAACCUGGUAUUGGAAUCACUGGACCCCCUGGUCUGAUGGGACCUAAAGGGGAACCAGGAAUUCAGGGUCCUCGUGGACCUCAAGGACCAGUUGGAACGGCAGGAAUUAUGGGACCUCCAGGCCCACAAGGCAGACCAGGACCCCCAGGACCCCCUGGAGAACCGACAGCACUACCUAUUGUUGGAGACAUGGGGACAUUACUGAAGAACGCCUGCAGUGUGUGUCAGUCCAGAGUACCAGGAUUGCCAGGGCAGAAAGGUGAAAAAGGUUCCCUUGGAGCUCCAGGUAUCCCAGGAAUGGAUGGAGAAAAGGGGGAUCAGGGUCUUCGCGGCCCAGCUGGUAAUCCCGGAAAAGAGGGUCCGAAGGGAGUGAAGGGUGAGAGAGGCUUUCCUGGUCCAAUGGGGGACAAGGGUGAUGAGGGAUCCCCAGGUGUGCCAGGAUUGCCUGGAUCUACAGGCCGUAUGGGUCCACAGGGACUUAUUGGCAGACCAGGACCUGUUGGGCCCCUAGGACCAAAGGGAGAACGGGGCAGCGAAGGACCGCAAGGUAGACCCGGACCUCCUGGACCUCCUGGUGUCCCAUAUGCAGAGGGAAAUGGGAUGAGCAGUCUCUAUAAGCUUCAGAAUGGAGCGGCUAACACGGGUCAACCCGGACCACCAGGGCCCCCGGGGCCCAAAGGAGAUGAAGGCAGGAUGGGUGAGCCGGGGCUGAUGGGAUUACCAGGUCUAGAGGGGCUGCCAGGUGCUAAGGGUGAUCCUGGUCUACCUGGUCCACCUGGUGUUCUUGGUCCUACUGGAAAGCCUGGUCCACGUGGUGAGCCAGGGAUCCCUGGAGAGCCGGGAGAACGAGGCCCUGUGGGAGAGACUGGCUUCCCUGGACCUGAAGGGCCGCCUGGAUCCCCUGGACGGCCGGGAAAAGAUGGAAUUCCAGGCUAUACGGGAGCCACAGGCAGACCUGGAGACAGAGGUACUAAAGGAGAACGGGGAGAUCCAGGGAUUCCAGGAGAGAGAGGAGUACAGGGAGAAAGAGGCAAAUCUGGAGAAAGGGGGACCAUUGGUCUUCAGGGGCCGCCUGGACAGAAAGGAGAACCUGGUGCACCUGGAUCUUCAACAACAACGGGGACUGUCAGUCUGUUGGGUGAUACAGCUGCCUUGGAGGAAAUUAAAACAUUCAUCCGAAAUGAAGUAUUGCGUGUAUUUGAAGAGCGGUUUUCGGACAACUAUGCUUUGCUACAGAAGACACCAGCAUCUAUAUUAGCAGCGCAGGGUCGACAAGGCCCCCCAGGGCCACCCGGUAAUGAUGGCUCCCCAGGACCCCCCGGAGAGCCAGGACCUCCAGGUCCCCAAGGGUAUCGAGGGCAGAAAGGGGAACGGGGUCAAAUGGGGUUGGGACUUCCAGGAGCUCCAGGCCCCACUGGCCCACCAGGUUCACCCGGUGUAGGAAUCCAGGGGCCCCAAGGUCUCUCAGGGCCCCAAGGUCCAGAGGGAAGAUGUAACCCCAGCGACUGCUUCCAUCCUUACGCCAGACGGGAAGGAUAGAAUCUGACGCAUCCUCAUCAAAGCUGAUUAGAUCCUGGAAACCAGUGAAGCAGCUCAUCUACACAAGCAUUAAAUCCUAUUAAAUCAAACGUAGGAUCCCUGCUGGAGGAGAAGACGCGCGCAAACUUCAUCCCCACAGAGCAGCCUUUACUGGUGAUGUCAUUUCACAUCAUUUAUCUCUGUUUUAUUUCCCAUAAUUGUGACCAAUGCAUUUACUCAUUUCCCAUGUUUUGUGGGUAUGACGUGAGAAUUCAAAUCUCAUCGUUACACUAAUCACACCGGACAGGUUUAUCUAAGGCGGCAAGGUCAGGGCGAAUGCAGGUGAAAUGAGAAUUACUUACAUUUGCUUAUUUUCUUCAUGCUGUUGUGAAGUUGAGUUUUAAUUACAUUGUGAUGGCGCUAUGCAAUCUAAAAAUAGAAAAUGAAUAUGUUAGCAAAUAUUAAGUUAAUGUAAAUAGCAUUUUAACUGUUUCAGACAUUUAAUUUUGAAAAAUAUUGAAAGAAAGUGUACUUUCCAAACAGAACGUUGCUUGUGAAGGGAGUUAUUGUCAUGUUGAUCACCUCAGAUGCACUGGUGUGUGUGUGUGUGUGUAUAGAAUUAAAACAUCUGAGACCACUAGUAAAAUUAUUAUAAUUAUCAAUUGAAUAAUUCAUACAACUUAAAAUAAUAAUAUAAAAUAUAAAUAAUUUUCAUUUAUUGUUUUGUAGUAUUUAUUUAUGAGGUGAUUUAAUAAUUAUAAAUAAAUAUUAACAAAUAUGUAAAUUACAAAUUAUGUAAAAUAGACAGAAUCUCUUAAUUUCCUGUUCAUUUUUUUUUUUCAAAAUCGUAAAAGUUCAAUGUUACAUAGAUUUUGAAUCGCAGAUUUUCAAAGUGGUGUCAGACUAUUAUGUUAAAGAGUUCACCCAAAAAUAAAAAUUCUGUCAAUAAUUACUCACCCUCAUGUCAUCCAAACCUGUAGGACCUUCGUUCAUCUUCAGAACACAAAUUAAGAUAUUUUUGAUGAAAUCCGAGAGCUUGCUGACCCAUGCAUCAUAUUACUCUUGUGAACAAGCAUUAAUGACUAACACGAAAGAGAAGAAAUUGUAAAAUAAAGUCAUUAUUUUUCUUUUAUUUGCGCACAAAAAGUAUUCUCGUAGUUUCAUAAUAUUACAGUUGAACCACUGAUCACAUGGAUUAUUUUAACAAUGUUUUCACUACCUUUCUGGGCCUUGAACGUGGUAGUUCAAGCAUUGCUGCCCAUGCAGGGUCAGAAAAGACUCAGAUUUGAAAUAUUUUAUUUUGUGUUACAAAGAUAAACGAAGGUCUUGCGGGUUUGAAACAACAUGAAGGUGAGUAAUUAAUAACAGAAUUUUCAUUUUUGGGUAAACUAACCCUUUAAGUUUUGACCGAACACAGCAAAGAAUGAUAAAAAAAAAAAAAUUGUAUUGAUUUUGCUGUGUUUAGCCAGUACUGGUGAGGUGAAAAACUGCUCAUGACAUUAAUAAGCUUUAAUUGUUUACAGGGAAAUAAGCGCUGUUCCUUUUUUUCUGACUGUAUAAACACCUUCAUAUUGGUGUUGUAUGUAUAUUUUGUUCUGUACCUGGUUUGUUUUUCCAAAGAAAAGACGUGGAGUGCUUUUUAUUUGCAUUUGAAUAUAUUUAUCGUAUAUUUGUCUCUAAUUUCUUUUUGCUUUGUAUGGAAAGCGUCCUUCCGUGUUACUUGAAUAUUUUUUAUAAGAUGGCAUCUUUGUCAAAAUCAUAUUCACAGUUUAACAAGCAGCAAGCCAGUUAACAUCAAACUUUUUUUACUUUUCAUAGGCAGCAAUGUGUCUUAAGACCAUGUUUCUGUGUAAUUUAGUUGUAGUUAUUUAUUUGUGUACAUUUUUUUUGGAUUGCAGUCUGGAUUAAGUUUUUAUUUAUUUCUUUGGAUAUCUAUAAUAUCUUGAUCCAGCAUCAGUGAGGAGAUUUACUGAGGGCGCAUGUGAGUCAUUGAAUCUUUUGACUUCAUCCAUCUGCCUCUGUUGUGAAGAUGAAGGUUGCUGGAGUCAUGUGGGCGGAUGACAGUUUUGUGAUGUUCUGCUUUUAAUGUGUUUGUGCUGCUUUCUCUUUUUCAUCUCAGUCUUCCCAAUGUCCUCCAUUACAUCUUUCUUGCUUUCUCUCUUUCCUUCCUUCCAACAAGUGUUUCUGCAGUUUUAUGAGGGUAAAUUUAAGACCUAUAUAUGUAGUAUCUAAUAUAAACAUGCUUUCCCAGCUGUUUACCUUCACAGACAUAACUGACUGUUUUUGUAACUUGUGUUUUUAACAUUAACUUGUGUAAUUGACAGUUUAAGCGCAAUUAGACAUGAAAGAGAACUUAGUUCAGUACUCACAUGCUGUGUGACAACCGCUUUCCAGUGCGUGUGCGCUCAGAAAAUCAUAUAUCAGAAGUUUACACUAAUGUGGCUUUAAAACGCAUGAUUUCAGUGCGAUAAACAUGAUAAUCAAAACCAAACAGAUGUUUUUCCAGCAGAUUAUCUGAGGUACCAGCUGUAAAGGCACAGCCCUAUUCUGGAAAAGGGGGCGGGGAGCAGCAGCUCAUUUGCAUUUAAAGAGACAUACACGAAAACAGUGUUUCUGCUUCCACACAAAAAAGGCAAUUAUCAAAAUGAUAUGAUAAAUGAUCUGCGGGGUAUUUUGAACUGAAACUUCACAGACGCGUUCUGGAGAGACUUGAGACUUAUAUUACAUAUUGUAAAAAGGGGCAUAAUAGGUCUUCUUUAAGACAUUUUAGGCCUUAGCUUGUUGAAGGGGGAAUUAAGACUCUUUAAAACCUGCAGAAACCCUAUCUUUCUUUCUUUCUUUCUUUCUUUCUUUCUUUACUUUUUCUAUUGCACC